AUGGAACCACAGCUGACUGUCAAUGGCACUUACACUGUUAAUAACACCCAUCUCUGCUAUGAGUUCAAUAAUACACAAUAUAUAUUUACAAGCAACCCUUCCAUACUAUGCGUUUUAGUAUAUAUUUUUCUUGGCUCAUUAUGCUUUUCCACAAUUUGUGGAAACCUUCUGGUAAUAAUCUCCAUCAUUUACUUCAAACAGCUCCACAUUCCUACAAACUAUUUUGUCCUCUCCCUGGCUGUGGCUGACCUGCUUGUGGGUAUACUAGUUUUUCCUUUUAGCAUGGCAUUCACCGUAACCUCAUGCCUGUAUCGUGAAAAUGUUUUUUGUAAAAUACGGGACAGCUUUGAUGUAUCACUGUGCACAUCAUCUAUUCUGAACUUGUGCUGUAUUUCCAUAGAUAGAUAUUAUGCUGUGUGUCAGCCCCUGACAUACAGAACAAAAAUAAAUGUCCAUGUUUCUGUGAUGAUGAUCCUGUUGAGCUGGGGUGUUUCUGCUCUAAUAGGAAUUGGCAUUAUAAUUGCAGGGUUCAGCCAAGGAACAUGUAAAGAAAUGUGCUCAGUUGAUGUUGCAGUAGCAAACACUAUAGGACCUGUUUUUUCAUUUUAUCUGCCAGCAAUCAUAAUGCUCUGUAUCUACCUGAAGAUUUUCCUUGUUGCUCAGAAACAGAUGAACAGCAUCCAGAACACAACCUGUCAGCGAACAAAGUCUGGAGCAACUGUUAGCAAAAUAGAGAGAAAGGCUACAAAAACUCUGGCUACUGUUAUGGGAGUUUUUCUUUUGUGUUUGACUCCUUACUUUCUUUGUAUUGUCUUUCAGCCUUUGGCUUAUAAUCCCCCACCAGUUCCGGUGAUUGAAGCACUAAACUGGCUUACACUGUCAAAUUCAAUGCUGAACCCUUUAAUUUAUGCUUUCUUUUACAGCUGGUUCAGAUCAGCUUCCAGAAUGAUCCUUUCUGGGAAAAUAUUGCAAGGUGAUUUUGCUAACACAAAAUUGUUUUGA